AUGACGACACUCCAGCCCCGCCCUCCCUACUCAGACGCCGAGCUCCAGCAGCUCUACCCGCCUCGCCUUCACCUCCAGCAGGUCCAGAUCCUCCUCCGACACGGCGAGCGAACCCCCAUCAACGCCCGCUUCACAAACACCGGCCUGCCCGCCUACUGGCCCUACUGCAAUGCCGUCCGCCACCUGCGCUCCGCCGUGCUGGCGCCCUCCGGCCCGGGUGCCGACUCCGGCCUGGGCUCCGGCAGCAGCUUCACGGAGCUCCAGUGGCGGCGUCGCCUCGAGACGUUUGGCGCCGACGACGCAGCCAUCCCGGCCACAGGCCCCAAUGACUCUCACAAGAUAGAGACGGACGGCAUCUGCGACUUUGGCAUGCUCACCGACCGCGGCAGGGAGACGACGUACGCCCUCGGCUCUCGUCUUCGCAAGCUAUACGUUGAUCACCUCGACUUCCUCCCAGCCAGCGUCCAUGAUGCCAACUUCCUUUACCUGCGCGCAACGCCCAUCCCACGCGCCCUCGAAUCCAUGCAACAGGCCUUUCUCGGCCUCUAUCCCCCCCAUACCCGCGCCCCCGAUUUCCCGCCCUUGACAAUCAUCUCCCGCUCGCCCGCCGACGAGACGCUCUUCCCCAAUGACGGCAACUGUCGCCGCUUCGCCGCCCUCUCGCGCGCCUUUGCCAACCGCGCCGCCGAGCGCUGGAACGACUCCCCCGAAAUGGCCUACCUGACCAAGAAGCUUGGCAAAUACAUGCCCGAGGAGAGCCCCCGCGUGGCCGUCGACGCAAGGCCCCGUCUCAGCGGCCUCAUGGACACGGUCAACUCGACGCUCGCCCACGGCCCGGCCACGCGGCUGCCCAAGGACUUUUACGACCCGAAAGCGCGGGCCAUUAUGGAGAAGAUUGGAGUGGAGGAGUGGUAUGCCGGAUAUAAAGAGAGCGAGGAGUACCGCACGCUGGGCAUUGGCGCUCUGCUGGGCGAUGUUACUGCGCGGAUGGUCAGCAGUGCUGAGCGCAACAUUUCAACCCCGGAUGAGGCGUUUGUGCAGGCGCCUGGUCAGGGGAAGCUUGAACAGCAGGCACAGAAGAACCAGAGGAGUCGUAGUGUACCUGAUACCGAGGGAGACGGCUUCCGAUUCGGCCUCAGCGGAUGUCACGACACUACCCUCGCCGGCGUCCUCGCCAGUCUCGGCGCCUUCGAAACCGACAACUGGCCGCCCUUUACAAGCCACAUCGCCAUCGAGCUCUUCCGCGACUCUGAAAACACCACCACAACACCAUCAUCUUCAUCAUCAUCAUGGCUGCCCUCAUUCCUCCGCCCAACCUCCUCAUCCUCGUCCAUCGGCCGCACCCCAACCCCCAACCUCACCGACAAGCAACUCACCUCCAUGCAAGGCUACUUCGUCCGCCUCCGCUACAACGACGAGCCCGUCACCAUCCCCGGCUGCAAAGUCCCCGGCAACCACCUCCCCGGCGACGAGUCCUUCUGCACGCUCGCCGCCUUCAAGGCCAUCGUCGACAAGUUCACCCCGCGCGACUGGAAGCAGCAGUGCCGGAUGAACACAAAGGCGCCGGCUUUUCCGCAGAAGCCUGAGCCUGCUGGGUUUUAA